GGUACCAGCACCGACCACAAAACAUCGCAAUAAAAAUGUAUAUUUGGGGUCUGGCCUUUCGAAAGUGUAGCAACUUUUAUAUUAUGCAUGAUAUGAGCACAGACAGUUUAGUUCGAAAUUCAUUGUUCUGCCUUUAUCACCCUGAAAUAUGCGAUUAAUCAGUUAAUCUCUUUCGCAAUGAGAGGAUUUUGUUAUUGAUAUAAUGGAUUUCAAGGAAUGGCAAAGGGACGUUGUUUUCAACUGGACGCACAGAAACUUCUCUUCUUGUUUUCUCUGGCGAUGGUUUGCCUCUCUCUGUACACUCUUCUCUCAGACCGUGGUCAUGUAGAGUAUUGGAGUGUACAGUCUUCCGUUCAACCGUUAGGAGUUGCACAGGUCUACCGCGAGAAGAAUGCCUCCAGUGACAUACUCGCGAACAGCCUUGCCACGAGCUCAGGUGAGCCAGAUGUUACCUCCACCGACGCAACGGACCAGGAGUGGACAGCGACCAGGCGCCUUCCCCAAGCGCUCAUUAUAGGCGUGAAGAAGGGCGGGACACGCGCGCUGCUCGAGUUCCUGCGACUUCAUCCGGAUAUUCGGGCAGCAGGAUCCGAGCCCCACUUCUUCGACAGACAUUACGACCGGGGAUUAGAUUGGUACAUGAGCCUAAUGCCCAAGGCCCUGGAGGGGCAGAUUGUCAUGGAGAAGACACCCAGGUACUUUGUGUCAGUGGACAGCCCUGCCCGAGUCCACGCCAUGUCUCACAAGGUCAAGCUCAUCAUUGUGGUGCGUGACCCCAUCACUCGUGCCAUCUCCGAUUAUGCCCAGAUUGUGUCCAAAACGCCUGGAGUGGCCAGCUUCGAGACCCUGUGCUUCCGGAACGGGAGUGGAGGUGGCGGCGUGGAGGUGAACUCCCAGUGGAGUCCCCUGUGGAUUGGCCUGUACGCCCGGCACCUGGAGCGCUGGCUCACCUACUUCCCCCUGGCCCAGAUGCACGUUGUGCAUGGCGAACGCCUGGUGAGGGACCCUGCGGGGGAGAUGGCACGCGUGCAGGACUUCCUCGGAUUGGAGAGGAUCAUCACCGACAAGCACUUCUACUUCAACCAGACCAAAGGCUUUCCGUGCCUGAAGAAACCCGAGGGAAGCAGCCAGCCACACUGCCUGGGCCUAACCAAGGGCAGAGCUCACCCCCAGGUCCAGGAAGAGGUCAUCAGGAGACUCAAGGACUUCUAUCGGCCCCAUAACCUCAGGUUCUAUGAGCUGGUGGGCCAAAACUUUGGUUGGCAGUGAGAGGUCAUUUGUCUAAAAGCAACACUGAUAUGCAGAUGGACUGGUAUAGAGGUCACAGGUAUACUAGUCACAAUUUUUGCUUUAUGUUUUGAUGCUUGAUGGCCAACAGGUUUACAAGUGUGAGUGUGAGAGUCGGGGUCUAGGUGAUGUGUCAGUGAAACAAAAACUAAUAAGACUAAUCAACCCAUUCUUUAAUGUAAUGAAUACAUAACCUUCAUAUUCAAUGAAUUUGUUACGCAAUAGGCAUUGGUACUGUACAUAUUUUUGUAAUAGUUAGGUGAAUAUAUGAAAGAGCCAAAUUGAAAACUGACUAGUUAUUCUUUUGAGUUUAGCUCUAGAACAUUACCCCUCUAUAUGUUUUCCUCACUUAAAUAAAAUAAAUACAACUUCAAGUUGUUGAAAUGAGUCAGCAGU